AUGAGAGUCACCCACAGCUUCAAAAUCUACCAGUACUUCGGAAUUGUCAUGGAGAUCAUCGGCUCAGGUAUUAUGAUCGAUGGAAGAUUGGCAAGUGGCAAUACAGUUAUUUUGGUAUGGUCGUCUAUUCUCUCUGGUAUGGGAGGAGGUUUCACCGUGCCAGCUUGUAAUGUCUCUUUACAGGCUUCGGUUCCUCACAGGGAUAUGGCAAUUUCCAUCUCCAUCAUGUCCUUGGCUUCUAACAUUGGUAGCUCGAUAGGAUCAACCAUUUCAACAGCCAUUUGGCAAGGUCAAAUGGAGACCUCCUUACGAGCACACAUGCCAAGUAACGUCACCAACGAAGAGAUAAGAGGCUAUUUCAACAAUAUCACCAAUCUUGAAGAAUAUGACUCUAAUUCCGCUAUUAGACAAGCAGGAAUCCAGGCUUACAGAGAGGUGAACUUCUACUUCUAUCCAAUUGCAGUCAGUUUACAAGCUAUUCGCCUUGCUGCAGCCUACCUACAAAGGAGUUACUAUUUGGGUGAAACCAAUAACGCAGUAGAGGACGAUGAUGGUGUUCCCAUUCCACUUGAAGAGAGAAAGAUGAAGGCGGGAUUGAGAGGCAGUAAUCCUGACGAGAAGGAUAUUGAAGUGAAGGACCCUGAAGGCAGAGAAUAG